AUGGUAAAGCCUGCAACGUCUCUUCGGUCACCAUGGGUGCAGAGGGUAUCUCAGAUUACUGCUAGGCAAAGUCAGCUGGAAAGCAUCAUAUGGGAUUGGGUCCAUAGAGAAAUAAGGCAUUCAGGUGAUGAUUCCGCUGAAGAAGAGAAUUUUGAAAUAGUUUUUAAGUGGAGACAAAUUGAAUGUUUCUUACCUGCUUUCAAGACUUUCCUUCCUGCUGAGGACAUUGAGGCAAAUUUAAUCAGCAUUUGGUCCUAUAUUUUGAACAGCAGAGAAAAAAUGAAGUCCGAAAAUUCUCCACUUAGAUUCUUCUGCAAUGUUGAGACAACCUUUUGCAACAUUCAUCACACAGAUGAGGUCAAUGAUGAAUUGAGAUACAGUCGGUUUGCUUCACGGAUGGAUGAGCAACUUGCUCUGUAUCCACAUAUGAAGUUUAAUGAGAUUGAUAUGGUCUUCUUUCCCAUAAAUGCGUUUGAGCAUUUCUACAUUGUAUGCUAUGGGCUAAAGAAUCCAAGUAUGGAGCUGAUUGACAAUAGCAAAAACUGCCCAGACUACAAGGAAAAAUACCAAGGUCGUCCUGAUGGUUUGGCUUAUAGCCAUAGUUAA